CACACACACUUUCUCCCUCUCUCUCUCUCUCUCUCACACACACUCACUUGUUCUGUGUAUGUGUCCCCACAGCGUACGGUGCAGAAGAAUGCCAAGUAUGUGUGCCUGGCCAGUAAGAACUGUCCGGUGGACAAACGGAGACGCAACCGCUGCCAGUACUGCCGCUUCCAGAAGUGCCUCAGUGUCGGCAUGGUGAAGGAGGUGGUGCGUACAGACAACCUGAAGGGCCGUCGAGGUCGUCUGCCCUCCAAACCAAAGAGCCCGCUGCAGGCGGAGUCCUCGCCUCCCUCGCCUCCCCUCAGCCUGCUCUCUGCUCUGCUCAGGGCCUACUCACACUGCACUCCCAGGGAACUGGACUAUAGCCAGUUCAGUGCGGCGGAAGCCCCCUCCUCCUCCUCUGACACCCAGUACAUACAGCUAUUCUAUAGGCUGCUCACCAUCUCUAUGGAGACCACGCGUUGCUGGGCCGACCGGCUACCCGGCUUCAAUGAGCUUCACGGCGAUGACCAAAACCUUCUCAUAGACUCCGCCUUCCUGGAGCUGUUCGUCCUGCGAUUGGCCCACAGGUCUUUGUUGUCGGAGGAUAAGCUGGUAUUCUGUAAUGGCCUGGUGCUGAGCAGGUUCCAGUGUCUGAGAGGUUUUGGAGAGUGGCUCGACUCCAUCAGAGACUUCUCCUCUCAUCUACAGAGUCUCAACCUGGACACAUCCGCCUUCUCCUGCCUGGCUGCCCUGGUGCUGCUCACAGAGCAGGUCCCAGGACUGAAGGACAGUAAGCGCGUUGAGGAGCUGCAGAACAAGGUGGUCUGUUGCCUUAGAGACCACCUGGGCUUUGGCCCCUCCUCCUCCUCCUCCUCCUCCAAGGCCACGCCCCCUCUAAGUCGUGUGCUGGGUGUUAGGGCGGAGCUCCGCUCCCAGAGGACCCAGGGUCUGCAGAGGAUCUUCUACCUGAAGCUGGAGGACCUAGUCCCACCCCCACCUCUGAUUGACAGGUUCCUAGACACUCUGCCCUACUGAUGCUGCCUGGGCUGAUUAUGCCCACACAUACGUGUCACAUCCUGUUUAAGCCCCCCACCCCCCACCCCUCCCCCCAGAGCACCACGCAGCCACGCUCAGAGGAGCGAGACUCGCUGAGCUACGCUGAGAGACAGCCAAUCAAAUUGCUUUUCACUCAUUAAGGACAACCAAUCAAAAAAUGCUUUUCACGCCAUAAAGACAAUUAUUCAUAUGCUUACCACUUUCUAUCUGGACCGUUUUUCUCGUGUGAUGGGAGGAUGUGAAAGGAUGACAAAAAUAUGAAAGUGACAUUUCUCUGUCCUGUUUUAGUCUGGUUAUGCCUGAAGGAGGAAAAUAAGACCCAGGCCUUUGUUCUGGACUGGUUUGGCCUGCUUCAGUCUGGUUCGGUUCUGUCUGAAGUUCAUAGCAGUCUGUCCUAGGGGGAGGGGAAGGCAGUCUGUGUGAGUAGCUGUGUGACGCUCUGAUGAUGUCCCAGGGAAACAGAAGCUGCGUUUGUUUUGUGUUCCCCCUGCGAAAUUGGAGGAAGGAGACAUUUAAAUCAAAAAAGGUAUCGUCAGUCAAGACGACGUACAGCGUGAGUGACCCAGCAAACUGUCUGUGUGUGUGUGAGCUUAGUCACACAACAGAAGGCAUUUAGUGCUAUCUUUUUUUUAAUGCAACAGCUAGAGAUGGGAAGGUUUCAUUUCAAACUCUAAAUGAUUCUAAUACUAAGACUGGCCAUGUACUGCCAGUCUGUCAGUAGCUCCGGGAGAAAGACAGAUUGGUGAGGAGGUACUGAGCACUAACCAUUGAUGACUCAGUCUCUCAGACUUGAACUGGCUGUAGUAGAUUUAAGAAUGAACUCUUAGGAUUAUUGGAGGAAAGAACGCAAGCAGCACUUACACCCUCAGAGGGUGACAAGCACAGACACGCACCCACCCUGCUCCCCGAGAGAGGGAGCGAAGAGGCAGAGAGGAGGAGAACAGGAGAGGAGGAAAGGGGGGCUGGGAGUAGAAGGGUGCUCGAUGGAUGACUGUAAGGGGCCUGAGGGAGGUUGAAACAUUCCGCAGUCAUGCUCUUUUUAUAUGUUUGUAAUAUGGAGGCUGUGAGAGAUUGGAGGACAGUGUUACUGUCUAUGUGUUUCUGUGUAGGAGUACAGGAGCAUAUGCAUGGUGUGUUAUAAGCUGUUAUAAGCUCUUAUGAAGCUGGUAUGACAGCCUGGCCUGGUUUGUGUGUCAGACUGCGCCUGUGUGUGUGUGUGGUCCCCCCCCUACCUGGCCAUCCACCAUUACACAUCACAGACUCACUCACAGGCAUCCGUUUUGAAAGAAGGAAAAAAUACAAUUCUAUAGAUAUAUAAAUAUAUAUAUAUACAAAACUAAUAUUUUGAAGUGUUUUUAGCUUUUUCAAAUAUUGUGGUACAAGUUGUGCAUUGUUUUUUUGAAGAAGAGAAAUUAAAAGAAGUUAAAAAAGUUGUUUUCUAUUUCCCUCUGACCUGGUUAUUCUGACUGACUGGUUAUUCUGACUGACUGACUGUUUAUUCUGACUGACUGGUUAUUCUGACUGACUGAGUCUGCUGAUCCUAUCAUCAUUAUCAUCGUCAUCAUCAUCAUCAUCAUCAUCACUCACAGUACCAUGAAUUAAUGUUAUAUCAGGACAAUGAGGGAAACCAGAGGAUUCACUGCAAGGAAUUGAUCCUGCACACAUUCCUAAAUAAAUGAAAUAAAAAUCA